AUGAUCGUGCCCGGCGGACUGUCGCGAUGGCGUGGUUCAAUGUCGCAGGAGAUGCUGUCAUACAGGAUCCAGUGCUUGAAGCUCAAGAGGGUGAACGAGCUGAACAAUAGGCUGCGUGAUGAGCUGGGUCGCGAAAGGAUCACGGCUUCCAAUGCGUGUUUGAACUUCAUAGAUUACGUGUCUACGCACACGGACUAUACUCUGCCCGAGAUCUGGGGGUACCCUUCACCGGGAGCCAACCCAUUUGCGAAUGGCAACGAUAGAAGGCGCCGUUCGCGGCAAGACAGUUCUGGGACCGGCUCCUGUUGCAAUAUCAUGUGA